AAGAUCCUGGCUGUUACAUGUGACAACGCAUUGAAUAACACAGUAAUGAUCGACGAACUCAGUACCGCACUCCCCGACUUCGGCAGAAAAGCAUCGCACACACGGUGCUUUUUGCACACAGUAAAUCUUGUAGCAAAGUCCUUGCUCCAUGAAUUCGAG